AUAUUCUAUACUUAACCUUACUUUUCAUACCCAAAACUUGUCCUGAUACUUGUGUAUUAAAUUUGUGCCCUACAAGAAUCAUGUCUGCACAUUUGUUAUGCAUUACUUCUAAUGCUGGUCUUCCAGUUUUUACUAGAAAAAAGGGAAGCACGGAAUCAUUACCCUUUUCCAUUAUGGGUUCCUUAAACGGUGUUCACAUGUAUGCGAAAUCUCAGCGAGUGAAGUUAUUGAAUUCACUAAUGGACGACCAUUGCGUUGCUUGGAAAGAAUUUCACGACAGCGUAAUUCUCAUUGGUAUAUCGAGUGGUUGCACAAUACAGGUGUUAAACAAAUUAUUAGACUCCACAUUUAACGCAAUGGUUCUCACAGUCGGCAUUGAGAAGAUUAAAACGCAAAGGAAUACUGAACGCUUAAAAAGAGAUUUACGAAUGUCUUACUCGUUAAUUGACCGUCUUAUGGAAUCCUUAGACUAUGGAGUAGCAACUAAUAAAUACUCCUCUGAUAUAAUUUCUAUGACCGAGACAAUACUAUGCAGUGAAAAUCAUCUACUGCAAGUUGCACUCGAAGCAUAUACAGAGUGUGUAGACUCAGAAUACAGCUGCAUUCUGAUUCAUGGUAAAAUUGCGGUUGCCACCGAAAGUUGGUGGAGUCUACAUGCAGAUGAAAUCAAAUUACUUUCCUACUUGGCUACCGUUGAUAACAUGACAUCAUCCAAAGAUGUCCCAGUAUUUCUACCCUAUAGAUGCCCCAAUGUGGCAUAUCGUUUUGUUGCCUGCAUGCUAAUUCCACACGUGCAAGUUUGCUGCCUCUGUGGUCCCACCCCAUUAAUUAAAGACAUUGAAUACUCAGCCUCUCAGUGUUUCAAAUCUGCGCUCGAGGUCAUCGAAACUGCGUUGCGCUGCCAUCCGAGAAAUUUACCCAACUCAAUUCAGUUAGAGUCCGGCGUCUUGGGAAUUCUCCUAAUCAAUACGAAAUUUGGAAAGUAUGUAGUGUCACGAAGCCCCAGCACAUCUUCCAGUAAGCAUACGAGUAAUGUUUCGCACAGAUUAGAUUUACUGCGUACGUUUUUUUAUCGUGCCGUGUUAAGUCUGAUUAAUUGCGAAGCUGAAGAGAAUAAACCGGAGGCAGAAAAAACAAAAAAACCCGACAAAGUAAAUAAACAAUUAAGUAAGAAAGACAUUCUAACUGUGUGUAAGGAAACAUAUUGGUGUUCAGAAUACUACAAAUGUCAUGCUCUUAUUAGUGAAUGCAAUAUCUUAUGUGUUUUGUACACAGCGUCAAUACCUACACAUACUGCCAGAUUAAUUACAUCAGAAUCGUUGAGAAUUCUUACUACAGAUAAACAGUUGUGUUGGUAAAUCAAGUAAUAUAUUUG